AUGUCGUUAUUAAUAUCAGAAACUGUGUUAACAUGCGAACCUAGGUCUAAAAAUUAUGGCUUUUGCCUUACCUGCUUUAAACAAAACAAAAUAAAUUGGUGUAAAGAAUGCGAAAUUUCUGCAUUUAAGAAAAAUUUUAAUAGAUGGACUAGUGGAAAUAAGUUGAUCGAUUUUGUUAUUCAAGAAACUCAAAAAAAUGCCUCUGAAAGCACGGACUUUUUAGAAUGGAUUUCAUUUGAAGAACUUGAUCUCAUAGAAUUUUGUGGAAAAGGGACCUUCUCAACAGUUUAUUCAGGUUAUUGGUUAGAAGGUCCCCGUUGGAUUUGGGAUGAUGAAGGAGAUGAGUGGUCAAAGAAUGGUCCAAUAAAAAUCGCAAUUAAACGAAUUGACUAUUCUCAAAAUAUCACCAAAGAAUAUGCCGAUAAGAUUUUGAAAUACCGCAUUCAAAGUGGAUCCUUUGCGGACUGUUUUGGAAUGACCCGGGAUAAUACUGGAUGCUAUGCCUUCAUUAUGAAGUAUUAUGAACACAACCUCUACCAAUAUCUCGAUGAAGCUAAAGGGAUACUCUGUUGGCGAGAUAUUGUCGAUAUGUUAUGGGGAAUCUCUGAAGGGUUAGAAAAAAUUCAUAAAGAAGGCUUUAGUCACGGAAACCUACACGGAGGGAAUUUAUUAAUUGAAAAUGAGCCUGAAUCCGUUGAUGUUAGAAUAGCUGAUAUAGGAAUUCAUGGAUCAAUUUUAUGUAAUUGGGUAACAGCUAUAUGUGAUGACCCAGACCCUUCUGAAAUAUCUAACCAAUUUGAUUUAGCGGAAGAAAAGAAGUUCGCAGAUUUAGAAAAUAAUAAAUUUAUCAUCCCCCCUAAUCAUAGUCAAGCAAAAUAUACUAGUCAACCAUUGAAUUUUUAA